CAUGUAGUCAACAAUAUGGUUAUUCAAAUAGCUUUAGUUAUGUCUCUUAAAGGAUUCUCAAAAUGGCUUCUCUCAUUUCUGCAACUCUCUUGUCCCUUUUGUUACUCUCAAACGUGAACGCCUAUCCGAAACAUGGCUUCACCCUUGAGCUGAUCCACCGCGAUUCUCCCAAAUCACCGUUCUACAAUCCCGGUGAGACCUCUUCACAACGUAUGAGAAAUGCUGUCCGCCGUUCUGCUCGCAGUACACUCGAAUUCAGCAAUGAUGAUGCUUCAACAAACUCACCACAAUCAGUUAUCACUUCAAACCACGGUGAGUAUCUCAUGAACAUAUCGAUUGGGACUCCCCCGUUCCCGAUACUAGCAAUUGCGGAUACGGGCAGCGACUUGAUUUGGACUCAGUGCAAUCCUUGCAAAGAUUGUUACAACCAGAAAGCUCCACUCUUUGAUCCUAAACAAUCUUCCACAUAUAAAAAGGUUUCUUGCUCCUCAAGCCACUGUAGAGCCCUAGAAGAAGCUUCUUGUUCCACAGAUAAGGACACUUGUUCCUAUACGAUUUCAUACGGUGACAAUUCAUACACCAAAGGUGACGUUGCCGUUGACACCCUGACGAUUGGAUCUAGCCGUCUUCGCCCUGUGUCGCUUAGAAACGUGAUCAUUGGGUGCGGACACGACAACACUGGAAUCUUUGACGCGGCUGGCUCAGGGAUCAUCGGACUCGGAGGAGGAUCUACAUCGUUAGUCUCACAACUCGGGAAAUCCAACAACGUUGCUUCCACAAUCAAAGUAGAGCGAGUACAUGAUCCUAAUAGAGUUCUGAGUCUUUGUUAUAGAGACACCUCUAGUUUUAAAGUUCCAGACAUAACUGUUCAUUUCAAAGGAGGUGAUGUGAAACUCCACAAAGUGAAUACGUUUGUGGAAGUGUCUGAAGAUGUGUCUUGCUUUGCAUUUGCUGAAAAUGAACAGCUAACAAUCUAUGGGAACUUGGCGCAAAUGAACUUCCUUGUUGGAUACGACACAGUUUCUGGAACUGUGUCGUUUAAGAGGACUGAUUGUGCCCAAAUGUAGCUCACUAAACCUUCUUACAAUUAUACUAUCCAUUUUCUUUCUUAAGAAUUGUUUAUUUUUCUCCUGAAGUACAUGUUACAUUUCUUUAAAAUUGGUCUAAAAUAUAUGGGUGGUUACCUU